UGGAACUCAGCAACUCAAACAUCCGAGUCGAUCUGUCGAAGAUAAAUGUUUUGGAUUUCUGGGCAGAUAUAUUAAUCCUCCCAACUGAACACCGUUGCUCGGCUCAUAACUUGGUUUGGAGUUACUGAAUGGCGUCCACGUAGGAAAAGGGACUGCGUCAUACUACGGCGCAUUUAUUUCAGCGGGUUGUACUUCGGCUUUAUAAAACAGGCGUGUCUGGCGCAGAGGUUGUGGUUCAAACGCUGACUUUCCAGCUCACAGCGCGUGCCUCUGUCGGAUAGUGGAUUAUGUGGAGGCGUGUGCUUGAAGUCAACAUCUUUUUCGGACUUUGAAUGCUUCCAGUGCACUCUUUUGGUAACUGAAUUUGAAUCUUGAGUGAGGAUGGACAACAAGGAAGAACCCAGCUGCAGCUCCACCAGUGACCUCACCUGGGAGCAGGUGAGCCGGCUAAACGAAGUUCUCACAGAGGUCGUGCCCGUCCACGGACGAGGCAACUUCCCCACCUUGGAGGUGCAGCUGAAGGACAUCGUGGCGCGGGUGCGCUCCCACCUGGAGCGGAGCGGCAUCCGGGUGAAGGACGUCCGUCUCAACGGCUCCACCGCCAGCCACGUGCUGGUGCAGGACAUCGGCUGGAGCUACAAAGAUCUGGAUUUCAUCUUCAGGGUGGACUUGCCCACCGAGGCGGAGUUCAGGCUGGUUAAGGACGUGGUGCUGGGAAUCCUGCUGGACUUUCUGCCCGAGGGCGUGAACAAGGAGAAGAUCACCCCCAUGACUCUGAAGGAGGCGUACGUCCAGAAGCUGGUCAAGGUCAACACGGAGCAGGACCGCUGGAGCCUCAUCUCCCUGUCCAACAACCACGGCCGCAACGUGGAGCUCAAGUUCGUCGACUCCAUACGCCGACAGUUCGAGUUCAGCGUGGACUCCUUUCAGAUCGUGCUGGACUCCGUCCUCUCCCACUACGAGCAGGCGCAGCCCGCCAUGUCCGAGGCCUCCCACCCCGCGGUCAGAGGGGAGAGCGUGUACGGAGACUUCAACGCCGCGCUCACCCACCUGCGCAGCAAGCUCAUCGCCACCAAGAGACCCGAGGAGAUCCGCGGCGGCGGCCUGCUCAAGUACUGCAACCUCCUGGUGCGGGACUUCCGGCCGGCCAAUCAGGAGGAGUUCAAGGCCCUGGAGAGGUACAUGUGCUCCCGCUUCUUCAUAGACUUCCCUGACAUCGGGGAGCAGCAGCGCAAGGUGGAAGCGUACCUGAUGAGCCACUUCAUCGGCGAGGAGAAGAGCAAGUACGACUACCUCCAGAUCCUGAGGAAGGUGGUCGACGAGAGCACCGUGUGCCUUAUGGGCCACGAGCGGCGGCAGACCCUCCAUCUCCUCUCACUGAUGGCCUUCAGGGUGCUGGCGGAGCAGAGCGCCAUCCCGGACGCCUCCUGCGUCACCUGCUACUACCAGCCGGCGCCGUACAUCAGAGACCACAACUUCAGCAACUACUACGUGGCCAACCAGAACAUUCCAACAUGGCUGCCAUGUAACUGAUGAAAGGAACGGGAAGGCUUGGCCGCGGCUGUGUUUUCAAAAGAGGAGGAAAGGAAGCGACUCGGCAUAAAAACAUGUAAAAGAAGAAGAAAAAAAAAAUUUAAAAGAGGGGGAAAAAUGUCAGAAAAAUAACACAGUGGCAAUAAAUGCUGUUUCUCUUAAAGGCACAUUUUCAGUGGACAGAUGUUUUUUGCUUUUUGUUGGUGUUUUUGUUUUUUUUUGGAAUUCUUUCUCAUUCCUUUUCUGCAGAGGUGUUAACGUUUUUAAGUGUUUUUUUUUUUUGGCUUUUUUUUUUUUUUUGGCUUUUUUUUUUUCUUGGUGUAUAUACCUUUAAUCUUAAUGGAGAUGUUUUCGUGCCUUAACCUCUAGGUAUCAAGUUUACCCCUCCAGAGUUUUGCGUAUGAACUAAUGUUAGAAGAAAAGGGACAAGGAAACGCUGUAGCUCUAAGUUUGAGCUCCUUCUUGUUUAAAAAAAAAAAAUAAGGAAAAAAAAAAAGAGGGAGAGAGAGAAAAAUGAAAAGGCUGGGGGGG